UUUCUUUUAUUUAAUUUUAGCGUCUUCUUCUUCUUCACAGUAGGGUUGGGUUGCAGCAGAUAAACGCCACCACUCCUUUCCAUCAUCGUAGCCCUCAAUACCACACCUCGAUUCUUCUCUACUCUACUUCACUUUCUAUCCCUCUGCAACAAUGGGUGCCUCUCUCCCUUCCAAGGAGGCCAACCUCUUCAAACUCAUCGUCAAAUCUUAUGAGACAAAACAGUAUAAGAAGGGGUUGAAGGCUGCGGACACUAUAUUGAAAAAGUUUCCAGACCAUGGAGAAACUUUAUCAAUGAAGGGGUUGACAUUAAAUUGCAUGGACCGUAAAUCUGAAGCAUAUGAGCUUGUUCGGCAAGGAUUAAAGAAUGAUCUUAAAAGUCAUGUAUGCUGGCAUGUUUAUGGUCUUCUUUAUCGGUCCGAUAGAGAAUACAGGGAGGCAAUCAAAUGCUAUAGAAAUGCACUGAGGAUCGAUCCAGACAAUAUUGAAAUUUUGCGGGAUCUGUCACUGUUACAGGCGCAAAUGCGAGAUUUGGCAGGGUUUGUUGAGACAAGACAACAGCUCUUGUCUCUAAAAUCAAAUCAUCGUAUGAAUUGGAUCGGCUUUGCUGUUGCUCAUCAUUUAAACUCAAAUGCUUUAAAAGCAGUUGAAAUUCUGGAAGCAUAUGAAGGGACACUAGAAGAUGAUUUUCCUCCUGAUAAUGAACGUUGUGAACAUGGGGAAAUGCUUUUGUAUAAGAUUUCUUUGCUAGAAGAAUCGGGUUCUAUUGAGAGAGCUCUUGAUGAGCUGCACAAGAAAGAGCCAAAAAUAGUUGAUAAAUUGGCUUUUAAAGAACAAGAGGUUUCUCUUUUAGUAAAGCUUGGUCGCUUUGAAGAAGGUGCCACUUUGUUCAAGGCUCUACUUUCUAUGAAUCCUGACAAUUACGGAUACUAUGAAGGCCUUCACAAGUGUGUUGGGCUCUAUUCUGAAAAUGGUCAGUAUUCACCCGACCAAAUUGAACAGUUGGAUUCGUUGUACAAUUCUCUUAGGCAGCAAUACACUUGGUCUUCUGCUGUCAAGAGAAUACCGCUCGACUUUCUGCAAGGUGUCAGGUUUAGAGAAGCAGCUGAAAAUUAUAUUAGGCCCCUCCUUACUAAGGGAGUUCCAUCAUUGUUCACUGAUCUUUCUCCAUUGUAUGAUCAUCCUGGAAAGGCCGACAUUCUUGAGGAACUUAUUAUUGAGCUGGAGCAUGCUGUUAGGACUUCUGGUCAAUUCCCUGGAAGGUCAGAGAAAGAACCUCCUUCAACUCUUAUGUGGACCUUAUUCCUAUUAGCACAGCAUUAUGACAGAAGGGGACAAUAUGAAAUCGCUCUUUCUAAAAUUGAUGAGGCCAUUGAGCACACCCCAACCGCGAUUGAUUUAUACUCGGGCAAGAGCCGAAUUUUGAAGCAUGCUGGUGAUUUGGCUGCUGCUGCUGCAUUGGCAGAUGAAGCUAGAUGUAUGGAUCUUGCAGAUCGCUACAUCAACAGUGAAUGUGUUAAGCGUAUGCUUCAGGCUGAUCAGGUGGCUUUAGCUGAGAAAACUGCAGUGUUGUUCACUAAAGAUGGAGAUCAGCAUACCAACCUUCAUGACAUGCAGUGCAUGUGGUAUGAGCUGGCUUCUGGUGAAAGUUACUUCCGUCAAGGUGAUCUUGGACGGGCUUUAAAAAAAUUUCUGGCUGUGGAGAAGCACUAUGCUGAUAUCACUGAAGACCAAUUUGACUUCCAUUCUUAUUGUUUGAGGAAAAUGACUUUACGUACAUAUGUUGAAAUGCUUAAAUUUCAAGAUCGAUUGCAUUCGCAUCCAUAUUUUCAUAAAGCAGCAGUUGGUGCAAUUAGAUGCUAUAUAAAGUUGUAUGAUUCCCCUCCAAAGUCAACCACUGAGGAAGACGAUGAGAUGUCCAAGUUGCCUCCUUCUCAGAAAAAGAAAAUGAGGCAAAAAUUGAGAAAAGCAGAGGCUCGAGCUAAGAAAGAGGCUGAAGGUAAAAAUGAAGAAUCCAAUGCUAAUAGUGUCUCAAAGACUGGGAAACGAAAUGUGAAACCUGUUGAUCCAGAUCCCCAUGGGGAGAAAUUGUUGCAGGUAGAAGAUCCACUUUUAGAAGCUACGAAGUACUUGAAGUUGCUUCAAAAGAACUCCCCUGAUUCGUUAGAAACACACUUGCUUUCUUUUGAAGUGAAUGUGAGAAAGCAGAAGGUUUUGCUUGCCUUUCAGGCUGUAAAGCAACUACUGAGGUUGAACGCUGAACACCCAGAUACACAUCGCUGUUUAAUUAAAUUCUUCCAUAAAGUGGACUCGAUGCCCACUCCAGUUACAGAUGCUGAGAAACUCAUUUCGAGUGUCUUGGAAGCAGAACGCCCAACAAUAAGUAUUUUGCAUGAGAAAUCUCUGAUCGAGGCGAACAAGAUUUUCUUAGAGAAACAUAAAGAUUCCUUAAUGCACAGAGCUGCUGCUGCAGAACUACUGUAUGCUUUACAACCUGACAAGAAAGCUGAGGCUGUUAAGCUAAUUGAGGACGCAACAAACAAUCCGGUGCCAAGAAACGGAGCACUUGGGCCAAUCGGGGAAUGGACACUUGAGGACUGUGUCCGAGUCCACAAACUCCUAGAAACAGUUCUUCUUGACCAUGAUGCUGCUUUAAGAUGGAAGGAGCAAUGUGCCAAGUACUUUCCUUACUCCAGAUACUUUGAGGGCAGACUCAGCUCUGCCAUGCCCAACUCUGUGUACAACCAAAGUAACAACUCAGAAAAUGGAAACCAUUCGGUAGUUGGACAAACUGCAGAAUCUCUUGCAUCAAACGGUAAGCUCGAGGCAUUUAAAGAUCUUACCAUCUGACUAUGAUGUUGAGGCCGAAGUUCAGUUAAAACAUUUUUAGAGUUGCACUCUCCCGGGGGACUGUCGUGAAUCUAGCUGAAGCUCAGAAACAAUCAUCCAGUAUAGGGUGUUGCAGCUCAUAGGGAGAGGACUGUGCGAGUUACGGUGAUUCCAGUUACCUUUGCUCUUGAGAUUAGUUUUUCUUUAAACCCAAGUUCUACCUCGCCAAUUGUGAAAAUGUAUUCCUUCCGCAAAUGUGUAUAAAUACUCUUUAUUGUGCUUCUUGAGUUGGAAUUUUCUAUCAUUUCUCAAAAUUUUAUCACUUUCAUCUUUAGACGGGGUGAUUCUUGGGUUUUUGCUCUCAGAAUUGAGUUUGCUUAGAUGCAGGGAUGAGCUGAAUUUUUUUUCUUAAUUUAUUUUAUGGUUCUGGUCCGGUCAGCGUAGAUACCGGGAGCAUGUUGUAUUAUGCCCAUUUCAUUGACUUAAUUGGUAUGUACAAACAGCUUAUUAUGUGAAAAAUUUUGCCAUGGAAUUUUUAAAUUA